GCGGGGGUGGGGACGGUGGCAAGAUGGCGUUCCCCGUCUUUGGCCGUGCGGCGAAAGUAGCGUCAGGAAUCUUACGACCCCUGAAUAUUUUGGCAUCUUCAACCUAUCAAAACUGUGCCAAGAAUGCCUAUUUUAGUUCUUCACUCUUCACCCAGCAUUUUAGUCAUAUUCAGAUACCAGUUUUCUCUGCACCCACACUUACCACACCUGUCAGAAACCUGACAUAUGGGCAUACUUCAACAAUCCUUAACAGAUUUGCCCCUUUGCUCCCAAAUGUCCUGAAACUGCCAGUCAGAACUGUGACAUACUUCAGUUCACGAAAAGGCAAGAGAAAAACUGUGAAAGCUGUCAUCUAUAGGUUUCUUCGACUACAUUCUGGCCUUUGGUUGAGGAGGAAGGCUGGUUAUAAGAAGAAAUUAUGGAAAAAGACGCCUGCAAGAAAAAAACGCUUGAGGGAGUUUGUGUUCUGCAAUAAAACUCAGACUAAACUCUUAGAUAAAAUGACGACAUCUUUCUGGAAGAGGCGAAACUGGUAUGCUGAUGAUCCUUAUCAGAAGUAUCACGAUCGAACAAACCUGAAAGUAUAGAUCAUUUUAUAAUUUCCCAAUUAUUAAAUAUGUAUGUAGACAGUAUCUUUGCAAAAAUAAAUAAGUAUGAAAUUGUAUAAAUUGUACCAGCUGUUAUGGAAGCAUACAGUACCUUAUUAAAAUUUUAAA